AUGAGCGAAGCCGCGGAGGAAGCGGAAUCCGCGGUCGAUAAAGAGACUGAAGAGGAUCUUCCCAAUGAUGAGCCCAUGGAUCUGAGUCAACCUUCCAUAAAAACUGAGCCCGACCCGGAAACGGCCGUCGAAGUGAAGCCAUUGCUUCUGGAGGACGACGAAGCGAGCAACGACACGAUCAGAUCGCAGGAAACCCAGAGCUCUCAUGAAACUCUCUCCUCGGUUUUUCUCAUCAGAAUUAUUUUUGAAUAAUUUUUCUGGGUCAGACAAGUUCGAUCAACGGCGAGGAGGCUGAAAUCAAGAAAGAAGUUCUGGAAGAAGAUUUCGUCGAGGUCAAACAGGAUGGGAUCACUGAGGAAACAGCCAAGGAGAACGGUAUAUAAUUCUUGGAAAGGAAAUUUUUUUGAAUCAACAUUUUUUUCUUUUUUUAUAUUCUUUUGAAAAUAAUUCUAAAUGAGAAUAUGACCUGAAAAUGAGGUUUUAUAAGCUGUUUCUAAAGCUAUUUUUGAAAGUUUUUGAGGAGCUCUGCAAAAAGCCGCUCAAAUUUGAAUAAAAAUCGAUUCCUUCAGUAUGAAUCGCUCCUGUUUUUCUGAAAAACCUAUUAAAUUUCCACGAAAUAAUUUCUGAGCCCAAACAUGGAUUUUUUAAGUUUUCCGCACUUCAUUUGAGCCGAAGGUCUUUUCAGAGGUACUCAAGGUGGCGCCGCCAAGAAAGAAGCGCGCCCCAGUCCGGAAUUCGAUCAUUUGUCAAUUUCUCGAGGCGGUUGAAGACCCAGUACCGGUACCUACAUUGAAAGAAAAAAAAAGAAGCGUAGAAAAUAAUUUCCAGUGCAAGCAAAGAGCAAUUCUCGGCUUCAAAUUUUGUAUCCGGCAUAUUUUGCGCGAUCCCACGGCGCCUUACAUUCAGUGUGAACAUCAUCGGAAACCGAAAAGUAGGAUUUUUUUUGAAAAAAUAUCAAACGGAACAUUUUUUCAGACAAAAAAGACCUGGCUACGAGAUGUACGAAUGCGAUUCGAGUGAAUCCAGACGUCGACCAAGAAAAGUUCUGCAGCACUCAUUUGAUCAUGAAUGGAUUGAAGGUGAAAAUUGGGUAUCGAGAGUUUUGGAACAGAUUUUUUGAAAUAAUUAUUAUUUUCUGACAGAGAAGGGUUUUUUUUUAAUAUACGGUAGAUCUUGCAGGCGUUCAUUCAGAGGUAUUCUGAUCCAAAAUUAUAAAAAUAUUUUACAAUUUCGAUUUUAACCGGGGUAAGGCGCUGACAAAUGCUAGAAGAUUUCUUUUUUUCUUCAUGAAAAAAAAAUGCUCUACUGAAAAGAGAAAUGCUUUUUUAAUUUAAGAAGAAAUUUUUUUCAAGUUUUAUCGAAAAAUGCUCAUGAAAAAUCACCCAGUCUUUCCAUUUUCCAGGAAGCCAAAAGGAAAAACUCGGUGGUCGUUCCUGCUGACACUCAAUCUGAUUCACGAGUGCCUUCACCGAGUUCGAGCAACGAUUCUCAGCCGAGUUCUCGAGCGCCGUCACCCGUACCGAAGGAGCCUGAGUCGAUAGAGACUCAAGAGCCGAAGGAAACGAAAGAAUCGAAAGAGCUCAAAGAGCCCAAAGAACCGAAGAUCGUUGCUGCUCCUUCUGCGAGGGAGCUCGACCUCGAGGAGGACGCCCUGCCGCCCAUCACCAUUCCGCCGCUGACGCUCAAGCCAGUGACUCCGGUCGCAGAGGCUGUGCCGCCGAAGCCGCUCUCUUCCAGUACGUUCAUUACAGUUUAUAAUUAUUAUCGAUAUCUUAUUCUUAAUUCCUGCUUGAAGUCCGUUUUCAACCUACCUCUAAACGUUCAUGGUACGAACUCUUCUUGUCAUCAAAAAAGGUAUGAAACGGUCAGAACUUCAGCAAAGUUUCGAAUAAUUUCACUCUCAAAUUUUUGACGACGUAGAUGAAGAACAUCUGUCCAAUAAAUAUAAUCGAUUAUGUCUGUUUUAUUUUUUGAAAACAAAAUCUUCACGCUAGUGGUUCCGACUGUUGGUUUUCGGAUCCUUAUUUUGAAAAAAAGAAUACCAAGACUAUGAGCUUCAGCAAUAAACUUGAGUCUUUAAAAGAGUUUCAGCCAAGUUUGGCCGUUUUUGUUCAAAGUUAUGCAAAAGAAAUUCUAAAGAUAUCCAUUCCCAGAAGAAAUGGCUGCAACUCCUUUCCUACGGAAAGAGAUCAUGAGACGACUACAUCGUCUCCACCAAAGAAGACUACCGAUCAACCCGAAGACCAGAAUGCCGCUCAGCAUCCGGGAGAAACAGGCGAUUGUGAUGCGUGGCCUGCAGCACAUGAUCCGUCUGAGGCCGUCUGCCCUCGCCUCCAGACUUCGCAAAAAGUCCAAUGUGAAUAUCAAGAAGAACUUCUCGUGGACCUUAUUUCCUUCCAGGUCUGCGUCUCUCCACAAAUCCUGACUUAUUGGAGAAAAUACGUGGCCAGAAGGAUGAGGAUGAUCCAAAAUGCGCGGAUGCCCUUCAAACGGAUACUCACACAGCCCCUCUUGGCCCAGAAAAUCGCCAAGGCGGGCGUCGCCAGGAGUUUGGUCCAGAGACAUGUACUCUAUCAUCUGCGGAAUAAGGUGAGGUUCAAGGUAAGGCUCCAAGAAACUUUCUAAAAAGUUCAAUUGAAAAAAAAAAACAGAACCGAAAAAUAGCCUUCAAAAAGUCUUUUGAGCCUGUUUUCUCGAUUAAAAAAAUUUUUUUUUUUUGGGUUGCUUUUUCCAUGAAAUUAAUAGGAUUGAGAAUGUUAAAAUCAAUUUUAAAUUAAUAGAAAUUUGAAGCGGUUAUCUUAAAAAUUCUAGAGUUUUCAGCCACUGGCAUCUUUUGCACCGCCUCUGCCAUCUGGACCCAAAAAAGUCCCCACAGGAUUUCCAGCCACCGUAAUUCAAUGUACACUCUCAGAAAAUAGAAAACUUUCGAGGUUCAGAACGUGAUCAAACUGAAUCAGAAGCAGCAGCCGCGGAAAAUGGUCGGACAAUACAGAGCGAUUCCAGCUGUCGACGAGAUUUGUCUGACUAUGGAAGAUCUGGAUUAUGACAAAACCGACAUGUUUCCUUUCGGUUUGAAAGAAAUCGUUGGAUUUCGGAAGAGAAAUGUUCAUUUCAGGCCUCGAACCGUCUGAUGAUGAAGAUCCUUUCGAAGAUCCAGUUCUGCAGCCGUCCGUCUCGAUAGACGUCAAACAAGAGGAAAUCAAAAUGGAGGUGUUCAUGGCGAGAAGGCAACUGAGGAUGGAGAGGAAGUUUUUGGUCAAAGAGGUUUUCUUUCCCGUUUUGACGAAAAAAAGAUAACGAAGAUGCAUUAGGCACCCCUGAAUGCUCCUUUGAUGUUUGCCGCGAAGAAAUACCCGAUGUCAGUCGGAGCCGCUCUUGUCCAGAGAAAUUCCUUCGAGCCCCCCUUGCCGUUCAAGAGGCCUCCAUGUGGCCUCAGAAGAUGUUACUUUCUGGGCCCCAACAAUACGAGGUGAUUCGGAUUGAAAUCAUUCGACACUUCAAUAAGAAGAGAUAAACUUUGGCACAAAGUCGCAAUUUUUUUUUUGACAGAUUUUGCCUAGAAAAAUAGUUAUUUAAUUUUUUUUUCCUAUAUGAAAUGAUAAUGAAAAGAAUAAGUAAACUUAGAAAACUUUUAGUUGUCCUUAAGCAUUUCUUAUUAUUGGUUAUUGCCAUUUCAGAAUAGAAGUUUGUCAAUGCAACUUUCAGAAUUUGAAAAAAUGAUCUACGAAACCGUAAAACCAUUCUCAAAAAAAAAAAAAUUUUGAUAUUAGUAUCAGAUGCGUUUUUGCACCAAAAAUCUUGGUAUUUUUCUCUAGGUGUGACCGGACGUGUCUUCCCGAUGCGAAUCACUGCGUCGAGCACAUUCUCAUCAACGUCGAUCAGAAACUGUUCUCAUAUUGUAUGCAAUCAGGAUGUCGUCGGCCAGUGAACGCCAUCGACUAUAUUUUAUGGGAUGGAAAAUGCGAAAGGCACAGAAAGUCUCGAGAGGAGAAAUAUGGUAUCUAUCUAGAGCUGAUCAGCUUUUGAAAACGCUUUUCCAGGUGAGUUCCCGGUCUAUGACGACGACGCGAGCAAUAUGGACGUGAAGUUGGACGGCUACUGGGGUCGAGAUGGAGUGGAAGAAGACGACAGCGACGAGGACGAAGAAGAAGGAGACGAGCUUGGAGACGUCGAAGACAAUGAUGAAGACGAAGAGGACGAAGAGUUGAGCGAUGAAGCUGGUGGUAGCGAAGAAGAGAGAUCCGAAGGCAGCGACGUCGACGACGAGCAAGAGGUGGACUUGAGAAGAAGUCCGCAAUUUCAAAAUGUCAAAUUUAGGACGAAGAAGAUAUGGAAGGGCAUGAAGGAGACGAAGACCUUGAUGAAGAGGAAGAGGUCGAAGAAGAAGAUGAAGAGGAAGAAGAAGCUGAGAAAGUGGAGGACGAGGAUUCCGACAACGGCGACCCGCCAAUAUGA